AUGAGUCGCUGGAAACCGAACGAUCUUCACCAAGCCCCUCGUCUCUCCACCGAGAUGUUGACGAUGUCGAUCUCUGCAGCGGCUUUUGCAACUCGCAUAUGGAGGCUUACUUUGUCAACCUUCUCCCUUCCACCUGCAAAUACUCGAGGGUACUGCGCGCUGCUCAAUGUGAGGCCCUCGAUCACCAACGACUGUGAAGACCUCAACGAGGAGGACAUCGUGUCCGUCGUUGAAUAUUCGCACAGCUGUGGCAUCUUGUUCUACUUGUCGUGGACAGAAAACAGGCAGGACAGCGAGGAAGUCGAAGGCGCGACGAGGUUUCAGGCUCGACCGGCCGGCCGUACGUGA